UUGGAGCAGAUUAAGGGGGCGUGUCCGGUGUUUAAGGUUCGUUCCCAAGUGAAGCGCUGACAUUAGGGCAGAGGAGCUGCUGGGUUACCCGUAUCUGCCCCAAGUGCCCCUACAGUUUCCCCCCCCUGGCCGGGGCAUCCCGCCAGCCCCCUGCUGGUCACUAGGAGUGGGCUCCGGGCAGUGCCAACCUUAUGCCCAUUCACAGCCGGUUGGAUGGAAGCAGGGGGCCCCCAGCUCCUGUUGCUCACACUGCGCCCCCCCCCGGCUGCCGGACUAUGAAGCAGGAUGGGCUGGUGUGACCGAGGGGUGCAGAUGCUACUGGCCACUGUGGGGGCUUUUGCAGCCUUCAGCCUCAUGAGCAUCGCCAUUGGCACCGACUACUGGCUCUACUCCCGGGCUCACAUCUGCAACGGGACCAACAUCACCCAGGACGAUGCCCAAGCCCAACCCAAAAAGACUAAAGGGGACCUGACCCACUCCGGGCUCUGGAGGAUCUGCUGUAUAGAAGGUCUGUACAAAGGAAACUGUUUCCGGAUAAACCACUUCCCCGAGGAUAAUGAUUACGACCACGACAGUUCGGAGUAUCUGCUGCGUAUUGUCCGUGCGUCCAGCGUCUUCCCCAUCCUGAGCGCCAUCCUCCUGCUACUGGGGGGCCUCUGUAUUGGGGCGGGGCGCCUCUACAGCCGCAGGAACAACAUUAUCCUCAGCGCCGGGAUCCUGUUUGUAGCAGCGGGCCUCAGCAACAUCAUUGGCAUCAUUGUGUACAUAUCCAGCAAUGCCGGAGACCCAAGCGACAAGAAGGACGAAGACAAGAAGAACCAGUACAACUAUGGGUGGUCCUUUUACUUUGGGGCUCUGUCCUUCAUUGUGGCCGAGACCAUUGGGGUUCUGGCCGUUAAUAUUUACAUUGAGAGAAACAAGGAGCUGAGGUUCAGAUCCAAGCGGGAGUUUGUGAGGGCCUCGUCCUUGUCCCCCUACGCCAGGAUGCCCAGCUACAGGUACCGGCGGAGGAGGUCAAGAUCUAGUUCCUACUCUACUGAGCCAUCGCCAUCCCGGGAGAUGUCUCCAGUCAGCAUGAAGAUAGCGGGAACCCUCCCCAUGGGAGAAAUAUCCAUGUACACUCUCACCAGGGAACCCCUCAAAAUCACAACAGCCGCCAGUUUUAACCCCGACUGUGAUGGCAGCUUCCUGCAGGUCCAUAACUGCUUCCAGAAGGAGCUGAAGGAGGGCCUGAGUCUCAGUGUGGUCAACAGAAGGACGACCCCUGUUUAAGCCCCAUUGGAAUUACAAAGGAACAGCUAUGGGGGCCGGAACUUUCCUGUUUUUGUGGCCCCAAUAAAUCACUCCCUUUAGCUCCUGACCCCAUGUAUAAGUGCCCCCCAACGCUAUCAGAGCCCCCACACUGCCAGCACCUUCCUAUGGGGCAGAAGAGCAAGGUCUUAUUGACUCCUGAUUAUGCCUUGUCAGGUAUUCUAUGAGCUUUCUGACCCUCUAACACACCAGGGGGCCACAGCGCCCCCUAGCCCUUAGGGAUUGUUACAGAAAUGCUGAUUUUCUGAAGAAUUUCCCUAACAAAAACAUAUUUUUUACCAAAUAA